AAGAACAAGUGUUUUUGUUUACUAAUUCUUGACGAUAUAUAUACAUACGUAUAUAUUUUUAGUGUCAAUAGUCUAGUUGGAAAGCGCGAAAAUUAAAGCGGUCUUAUCAAACACCUGAAAUAAAUAUAUUACCUAGUGAUAAAAAGAAGCACAACAUGAAUUUAUCCUUUGCUGGAUGCGGUUUCCUUGGAAUAUACCAUGUCGGCGUUGCUGUCUCCUUCAAAAAAUACGCUCCACAUCUACUUCUAGAAAAAAUUGGUGGAGCCUCGGCGGGCUCUCUGGCAGCAUGCUGCCUGCUAUGCGAUUUGCCACUAGGCAGCAUGACAUCUGACUUCUUCCGUGUGGUAAACGAGGCUCGCCGUCAUUCGCUUGGACCAUUCAGUCCGUCAUUUAACAUACAAACUUGUUUGCUAGAAGGACUUCAGAAACACCUCCCCGAUGACGCACAUAAGCGCGUCAGCGGACGCCUGCACAUUUCCUUAACGCGCGUUUACGAUGGAAAGAACGUGAUAAUUUCUGAUUUCAAGUCGCGCAAAGAAGUGUUGGACGCUCUACUUUGUGCCUGCUUUAUUCCUGGCUUUUCCGGAAUUUUGCCACCACGAUUCCGUGGCGUGCGCUAUAUGGAUGGUGCAUUUUCAGAUAAUUUGCCAAUACUAGAUGAAAACACAAUCACUGUAAGCCCUUUUUGCGGCGAGAGCGAUAUUUGUCCACGGGACCAGAGCUCACAAUUAUUUCAUCUAAACUGGGCCAAUACAAGUAUCGAAAUAUCACGACAAAACAUCAACCGCUUUGUACGUAUUUUGUUUCCGCCGAGAGCAGAGUUCCUGUCCAAAUUUUGUCAGCAGGGAUUCGAUGAUGCACUGCAAUUUCUCAAUCGUAACAACUUGAUUAACUGCAGACGGUGUGUAGCCGUUCAGUCCACAUAUGUAGUUUCUGAAACUGUUGAAUCAUCGUUAGAGACUGAGUCAGAGUGCCGUGAAUGCAAAAAACAUAGAACGGAUGCGUUGAGUUCCAACUUGCCAGAAACAGUAAUGGUGGUUAUACAAGACUAUAUAGAGCAGGCGAACAAAGGCUUGGCCAAUUGGAUUUUCAAGCACCGGAGCAUGAAAUUGCUUUCACUGCCAGCUACCGUACCGAUGGACUUUUUCCUGGCUACAAUUUCAAAGCUCACUACUCUUACGCCAAAAUUGACUAAACGAAUGUGUCACAUGGUAGAAGAGUUUAUUGAUCAGCUAAACAAUACCAUGACAGUUCGUUUUCUUAACAAAUUUACGCUUUACGAUCAGCCUCAUUUCGAUGCGACUGGCCUAUUGCAUUCCAGCCGUCUUUGUGGGCCGCAGGUUUCAAUUCUGGUCGAUGAAGGUGUCACAACCCCACUAGACAGAGAAGUUGGGCAUGUUCUUGAGAUGUCUACGUACUGCGACUCGCUAUAUUCGUAUUAUUAUACAGAUAUUGAUACCAACAAGCUGCAAGUAACCGAAAUAUUCGAUAUUGAACACAUGACGAACACCGAUUUGCAAGCAUAUGAUAGGACAAUGGACCAUCUGCCUGUAGCACAUCAGACAUAUAAUCCUGAAUGGGACGGAAUACAAGCGGUUAAAAUUAUGUCAACCACACCUGAACUACACGAUGUUGCAUUUUAAAA